CACAAUCCUUUGAUUUGCAAAACAACAUUGCAACUUUAGGACGCAAUCGCAAGUCGAUUCGCAGCUUCAUUUUUCAAAUAUUUUCUAAAUAAUGGAACUAAAAUCUCUGUUAAUUUUUCUGUUUGUUGCUAUAAUGGCAACUUCAAUUGCAGAAGCUCAAAAUCCACUUGGCAUAGUACAUGUCAAUGGAACCCUGUAUUGCACCGUCAAUGGUGGUGCCAAUGGCCCUGCAAUCCCUCCUUUUUCUAAUGCUACCGUGCAGCUUGAAUGCGAGCCUGCGAACCUGGUGUUUUCGACGAACGUAACCACAAAUGUAGCUGGAAGGUACGACGUAAUAGUGAUACCUAGCCGGAAUGCAACACUGAAUGCAAUAUUGUCUUCUUGCAAACUAGCAGUCGACACACCUCUAUCCAACUGCAAUGCAAAUCUGCCAUCAGUUGGACGCCUUGUUUCGACAUUACAGUUCGUGAAAACAGUUCCUGCUGGUUUUUUAAGGGUCACUUAUCUAAUUGCUACAAAUUUUCAGCUCAACUAAUUGAUUGAGGCAUUUUCAAUAAAUCCCUGCUAUUGUAUGAAUAAAUUAUGAGAUUGUUAAACAACU